CGUCCUUAUCCGUACGCCUAGCUUCCAUUUUCAGUUAAUAUAAGACCUUGAUGUCUUUUGUUUCUUCUCCCUCCCUUUGUCGUUUAGGAGAAAUUAGUAGGAUCUCCAUAGUUUCAUUCUCUGUGUUUCUUGCUAACAGUAUGCGAAGAUUCACAGGCUUUUUCGUGAAACAGAGGGUGACAACACUUUUCCGGCGCCUGCUCCGGCGCCGCCGUUCUCCGUCAGCCUACCAGCGUCUAGACCCACCGUCCACAGAACCGGCCAAGCUCAUUCCCUCGCUCUCCAGAUUCACCCGGCACUUGACGUCCAAAGCAAGAGCGAUUUGCUCGAAGGCUCACUUUCCGGUUCCGGGUUCGGGUUGGCGGGCGAAGGAUCUAUCAGGGUGGCGAAGAGUGCCGAAAGGGCAUCUGGCGGUGUACGUGGGGCGGAGGGAUGAAGACUUCAAGAGGGUUUUGGUGCCGGCGAUUUACUUCAACCACCCUCUGUUCGGGGAGCUGCUCAGAGAUGCCGAGGAAGAAUUCGGGUUCUGUCAUCCGGGCCGGAUCGCCAUCCCUUGUCGGAUAUCGGAGUUUGAGCGUGUUCGGACCCGGAUCAUGGAGGGUACGGAAAGCUCCCGGAGAAUGGUCUUCCGGCGGCAUGAUGACGUCGUCGAACGCUAAUUGACACGUACUCAUUUUGGAGUGUUUUUUCUUCUUGAAUUUAUCGUUUUGGAAGAUAAUUUAUUUAUGAGUGUCGGUGGGGCACAUUCUCAUUUGUCCGUUUCAUUGUACAUUUUGUACUUGUCCCCGUGACCGUUUGAUUAUGAGCAGUUAUCUUAUCUUAUUCUAAAGGAUGAAAAGGAA